AGAAAAGAACACGAACACAGCCGGAUCCGUUUGGCCCAUAACCCCACACGCUGCUUUGUUCUUUAUAAUUGCAAUUGCAACAAAAACCCUAAUUCCUUCUUGCCUCUCCCUUCCUUCCGCUCUCUGUGUUUCACCAGUCAUAUCAUAGGCGAAAAUGCCUUUCAAGAGGUUCGUUGAGAUUGGAAGGGUUGCUCUGGUUAACUAUGGCAAGGAGUAUGGGAGGCUCGUCGUCAUCGUCGAUAUCAUUGACCAGAACAGAGCUCUUGUUGAUGCCCCUGAUAUGGUGAGAUCCCAAAUGAAUCUCAAGAGGCUUUCCCUCACUGACAUUAAGGUUGAUAUUAAGAGGGUCCCUAAGAAGAAGGAUCUGAUUCAAGCAAUGGAGGCUGCUGAUGUUAAGAACAAGUGGGAGAAUAGCUCAUGGGGCCGAAAACUGAUUGUGAAGAAGAGACGGGCAGCUCUGAAUGAUUUUGAUAGGUUUAAGAUAAUGUUGACAAAGAUCAAGAGGGCAACUGCUGUAAGGCAAGAGCUUGCUAAGCUGAAGAAGAGUGCUGCUUAGGCAUGACUUCAUGUGCAAUUUUUGAAUUCUAUUACAAUAUUCCUUCAAUUAGUACACCUUGGUUGUUAUAUGAGUUUUAUAUAUCAUUGAGGACUUCCUAUGAAGUUUAUUUUGAGAUUUUUCAUGUUAGUGGAUUGAUGUCAGUUUUUCCAA